ACGAAAGCCGCCGCCGCGAGUGCGGGGAAGAAGGGCUGGAAUCGCUGGGGUGGGGGCGGGGUUCGCAGCGGCACUCUGCAGGAGUGAGUGGGGAGGUCACUUGGAACGGGGCUCCCCGCCCACGCACCGUCGGGACCGCGAGCCUGCUCUCCCUGCACCUCCUCACGUCCCACGGGCAGGGUGCUGUAUGAGAACGUAAAAGGAAGAGAAAUUUAUUUUUUGUAGACUGUUUCAGCCGUCGAUAAGGAGUGCCUGUGAAGAAAACGGGGUAUUUCCCUGAGGCCUGUAUCCUACCUUGAUUGUCUUUUCUUUAAGUAUUAUAAAUCAGGAUGUCUGCACAGUCAGUGGAAGAGGAUUCAAUACUUAUCAUCCCAACUCCAGAUGAAGAGGAAAAAAUUCUGAGAGUGAAGUUGGAGGAGGAUCCUGAUGGCGAAGAGGGGUCAAGUAUCCCCUGGAACCAUCUCCCUGACCCGGAGGUUUUCCGGCAGCGAUUCAGGCAGUUUGGAUACCAGGAUUCACCUGGGCCCCGUGAAGCUGUGAGCCAGCUUCGGGAACUUUGCCGUCUAUGGCUCAGGCCAGAGACACACACAAAAGAACAAAUCUUGGAGCUGGUAGUACUGGAGCAGUUUGUUGCCAUCCUACCCAAGGAGCUACAGACUUGGGUUCGAGAGCAUCAUCCAGAGAAUGGAGAGGAGGCAGUGACGGUGCUGGAGGAUUUAGAGAGUGAACUGGAUGACCCUGGACAGCCGGUUUCUCUUCGACGACGAAAACGAGAAGUGUUAGUAGAGGAGAUGGUAUCUCAAGAAGAAGCUCAGGGAUUACCAAGUUCUGAGCUCGAUGCCGUGGAAAACCAGCUCAAGUGGGCAUCCUGGGAGCUCCAUUCCCUAAGGCACUGUGAUGAUGAUGCUAGGACUGAAAAUGGAGCGCUAGCUCCAAAGCAGGAGAUUCCUUCAGCAGUAGAAUCUCAUGAAGUUCCUGGCACUCUCAAUAUAGGUGUUCCUCAAAUUUUUAAAUAUGGAGAAACCUGUUUCCCCAAGGGCAGGUUUGAAAGAAAGAGAAAUCCCUCCCGAAAGAAACAACAUAUAUGUGAUGAAUGUGGAAAACACUUCAGUCAGGGCUCAGCCCUUAUUCUUCAUCAAAGAAUCCACAGUGGGGAGAAACCCUAUGGAUGUGUUGAGUGUGGGAAAGCAUUCAGCAGGAGUUCCAUCCUUGUGCAACACCAGAGAGUCCAUACUGGAGAAAAACCUUACAAAUGUCUCGAAUGUGGAAAAGCCUUUAGCCAGAAUUCUGGGCUUAUUAAUCAUCAGAGAAUCCAUACUGGGGAGAAACCUUAUGAAUGCGUUCAGUGUGGGAAAUCCUAUAGUCAAAGCUCAAAUCUUUUUAGACAUCAGCGAAGACACAAUGCAGAGAAACUUCUCAAUGUUGUGAAAGUUUAAGAAAUGAAAAAAAAAAAAAAAUCAGCACUCAGGUCUUUUUCUUCUGAAAUGAAGACAAAAUUAAAAACAUGAAAUGAUACAUAAUAGUUUUCCUAUAGACUUAGAAAAUCCACUGGGAAAUGUAGAAAAUCUUCACCCACUAUUAUUAUCUUAUCUUGAAAGAAAUGGUGUCAUACCUGCCUAGAAACUGAAAUUUUAAACUUAAUUCAGGUGUUAAUGCCUAAAUCUUCCAUGUGAUGUUUAUAUUCUUAUUAUUUUUCCAAAUGAUGAACUACCUGAUUCUUUGUCCCUUUGUUAAAACUUUCCUUCUUAGACAGAUAUGUUA